CUCUUUCAGCCGCCCAGAAUACGCUGAUAUCCGCUGUACCUUGCCCAGCGAAACCACAUCACGGGUUUCCGCUCCGCCUAUCACAGCUUUCAUCCUUCCGCCCUCGUGCGGAGAAAUCUUUUUGUACCUGACUUGUUGACCUGAAACUUGAACCACGAUAGAAAUCAACAGACCUAUCACGCUCUCAUUCAACAAUCUUUUCCUCCUGGACGACAUCUUUGGCUUUGUUACCCGCCACCGUUAACUCCAGGACUUUCAGUGCUGCUGGACGGCCACUGCUACACCCACGCUUUUUCUGCGCAGACCGUGCACACCAUCUAUCCGGAGGAAUUGACACAUAUGUUUCCAGUCUCAAGUCUCAAACACCAAUUAACCGCGUACCCUGUUACCCACGCCAGGGGUUUUUCUUGAACUGAGUAAACAGCUCAACCCACUUACGACCUCGUCAACCGACGAAACCACCUCUCGCCAGCGCCAUGUCGUCCUCACAACCACAAAUCUCAAUUCCAACCCCCACAAGCCUAACAUCCACCAGCGCCAACCUUCCCCCGGCCACCUCCCAAGCCUUGAUCGCGCACCUCCGCUCGACAGGCCAGAUAUCCGACCUCUCCUCCGUCCUCGCCGACUCCCUCGCACGUACAGGGUGGUCAGACAGAGUCCGAGCACUGUCCCUCGAGCUCCUACGCAACGGCAAAUGCGACACGUUUCCCGAAUUAAUGACAGAAGUAUUACGGCGGGCGAAGAUACCCAAAGCCCACACCUCGGCUGCCAAAUCCGGAGCCGGCACAAACACGACGAACGGCACAUCCAAUGCCACGAAUGGAGCAGGAAUGACGGGCAACAAUGCCAUUGCUCUAAGCAAAGAAUGGUCUGGCGGACCCGACGGCCUUCCUGAUGUUCGCAUCCCCGAGGUCACGGUCGAGAUUGGCGUCAACUUUCUCAAAGAGAAGAUCAAGGAUGUCGUCGAGCCGGUAGAGGAUGAUAGCGAUUGAACUACGGACACAGUUUAUUGCUUAUGGACGGGGAAAUACCUUCCAGGAUGGAAGCUGGAUUGAAUACUUGGAGCGCAUCGGCAGGAUAUCGGCAUACAUGAUACGGGCGUGAAUGGAUUGAUUGGUAUAGCGAGUAACGUUGGGUGGUUGGGCAUAUGUGAGCAAGUUGGAGUGAUCCAAGGAUAAUUCGAAAAAUGACUUUCGGUCGAAGAGCAGGCUUUGCCCUCUUCACAGGUUCAGAUACAUCCACUUUGGGUUUAUUAUUGCUGCCCGAAUACGACACCAUGCCAGACACCUGGA